GAAUCAUAAAAUUUAUUAUCCUGUUCUAAUUUUCACCCUCACCUUUGCUUUUUUGAUUCCGUCUAGUUUAGCUCGGUCGUCCGAAGAUGACAUGACCAUUGCAGAUAUCGUGGACUAUGGAGGGGAAACUGGUUUGGAUGAUAAGAAUGGGGCAUAUAACCCCGAGCAAUUUCCUGGAAAAUUUGCUGGAGAUGUGGAAGCGUCUAUAACGGAAAGGAACUCAACAAGGAGGGACCUACAUGAAUGUGCAGACAAAAAUCCAAUAGAUAAGUGUUGGAGGUGCAAAGCAGAUUGGGCGGACAACCGAGAAGCAUUAACCCAAUGUGUGAUUGGUUUCGGAGCAGGAACCACUGGCGGCGCGGGUGGGGAAGUCUACACGGUGACUGAUUGUUCAGACGACACCCCUGAGAAUCCUAAGCAAGGAACGUUGCGUCAUGCUGCCUGCCAAAAACAUCCUACCUGGAUCAUUUUUGACAAAGAUAUGGUCAUUACUUUGAAACACGCACUUCCAAUCACUAGUGACACGACUAUUGAUGGUAGAGGCACGAAAGUUGAGAUCGCUUUUGGUGCAGGCAUCAGCGUCCAUACUGUCAAAAAUGUCAUCAUUCAUGGGAUUAAUAUCCACGACACAAGAGAAAUGCCAGGUUAUUCAGGAAGAUCAGGUUGCGAUGGUGAUGCUAUUGCUGUUAAAACUUCGUCCAACAUAUGGGUCGACCACUGCACGUUUAGUGGAGGUAUAGAUGGGCUCCUAGAUGUCACCGUCGGUAGCACCGCCGUAACACUUUCUAACAACAAAUUUAGCGAUCAUGACAAAGUCAUGUUGCUCGGAGCAGAUGAUAGCCACACUGAAGAUAAAAUAAUGCUAGCCACGGUUGCGUAUAACAAGUUUGAUCAAGGAUGUGUCCAAAGAAUGCCUAGAUGUCGACAUGGCUUUUUCCAAGUCGUUAACAACGACUACAACAAAUGGGGAAUGUAUGCUAUCGGUGGCAGUGCAGCUCCUACUAUCCUUAGCCAAGGCAACAAAUUUUUGGCUCCGGAUGAGGCUAACAAGAAAAACGUGCUUCAAAGGGCUAACGCUCAAGAAUCAGAAUGGAAGAAUUGGAAUUGGAGAACAGAUUCAAAUGAUGUAUUCGAGAAUGGUGCUAUCUUUAAAGCAUCCGGGUCUGACCCGCAACUAACCCCUGAGCAACAAGCUGGCAUGAUUCCAGUUGAACCGGGAACUAACGUUCCACAACUCACCAGUUGUGUUGGUGCACUCUCAUGUGUGAUCGGACAACCUUGUUAACCACGCCGGGUCGAUGAGCCGUUCUGCAACCUUAUAAUUUAACAUAAUUGACAUUGUAACAAUGUUUA